AUGAAGUUCACUGUUCUUAUCGUCGUCACCUCUACGCUUAUGAGCGCUAAUGCUCACUACUUCUUUGACCGCUUGAUGCACAACAACACUUGGUCCGAGCCAUGGGAAUACAUCCGAAAAAUCAGCCCCCAAGAAUCAGGCAGCGCGACCCCAACAGACUAUGACUAUAUAAUCCCUAUCGUAGAUCCAAGCUCGCCAGAUUUGCGCUGUGGUCGCAACGCAUCAAGUCCGUGGUCGAAUCCAAAGACAGCGGUAAUACAGGCUGGUGAUACUGUCGGAUUUGCAGUGAAUACUACGGUUGGAUUACCGAUCGCGGGCGCGAUCGUCAUGCCCUGGGAUCGCUGGCCAAACCUAUACCAUCCCGGCCCCGCAACAGCAUGGCUCUCUGCGGCCCCUGGUCCAUUGAAAGAGUACACGGGUGACGGAGACUGGGUUAAGAUUCUAAGUGUUGUGGGGCGAACGAACCAGUCUGAGCCGCCGAAUGAUGAGUACUACUGGAAACAUCAGUGGGGAACCUAUCAAGCUAAGAGUUGGAACUUUACUAUACCGGCAUCCACACCCCCAGGAAACUAUCUCCUUCGCUUCGAACAUAUAUACCCUCUUCCUGUGAACGCACUUCAAGGCGCGCAAUUCUACGUCAACUGCGCCCACGUCCGGAUCGUCAAUCCUCGCAAUCAUGUCAACGUGCCAAGCCCAGUUGUCAAGAUCCCGGGUGUUUAUGCGUUUGGACAGAAAGGUAUAGCAGACAUCACAACAAAAGAAUCAAUAGAAUACCAGUUAACUGAAUGGUGGACGAAAACAGAAAUCUACUUCUACGCCGAUGUUGGUAAUGAGACCUAUGAUAUCAGAGACUUUGUUAAGCCGAAACCGGUAGUGUGGAGUGGUUAA